AUGUCACAACAGCAAACCACUGAACGAAUUCAUUCGCAUCUCUAUCACCAACAACAACAACAACCACCUCUGAACAAUGACAUGAUCAACAACCCAUCAUCCAUGCCCAUCUUGAAUUCAGUACUGUAUCCAACCGAAGAAUGUUUAACUUUACCUCCUGUCAAUCAUUAUUAUUUUCCUUUCCUAUUUACAUUGGAUACUUCUUACUUGGAUUUUUGUUCCAUUCCUCCUUCCUCAUCAUCAUGGAUUCACGAUGAAGAAACAUUGUACAAUAAUGCUCUUCAACAAGAAGAAUCAUUCUCGUGUUCCGACCUCUUGUGUUCAAAUCAGACAAGACUCAUUGAUCUAACCAAUACCACACAAAUUGCAUCACUCGGUCAUGUCAUGAAUUUUUGUUUGUAUUGCAAUCAUUCAUCGUUGGAUGCAUUCAGAAAAUUAUUGAUGAAUGGUCAAUGUCAGACAUUUUCAUCGUCGUCACGUCAAAAUUUUGGAUCUCAAUUUUAUAAUAUUUUGAAUGCACAUUGUGGUGCUUCAACCAUCAUGAAUGAGCAAUCAGGCAACAAUUUACAACAUUUACCACUCUUUGAUGUCAAUUUCCUCCAAACAGAAUACUUUAAAAGACAAUUUUCAAAAUAUCAAUAUCAAUUUAACCAGACCUUGUUGGAACUCAAAGAAAAUCCUUUGAAAAGAGCAACUUUAAAAUCCUUACUCAAUUAUUACUUUGGACCAUUCAUGAAUACUUUUAACAAGACAUCCUUCCAAGAUAUGAAUAUUCCUUUUGACAUUCCAGUGACCUGUUGGUGUCAUUACAAGAAAGAUCCUUCUUCACAGUCCUUUGGAUUUCAAUGCAAUGAUUUUUAUCAUGUUUUCCUCAUUCCUUAUUCCUAUCGAAUUUCGCCUUUCAUUUUAGGAUGUGUAUUCAUCAUCAUUUUCUUGUUUCAUCUCUACACCAUUCAAAUUCCAAAAUUUCAUGAAAGAAUUUUCACAUUCAAACAAAAGAUUCAUCGAGACAUGAUGGACAAGUCCAUAGGGAUGAAAAUUUACAUUUCUUUGAAACAUUUUCUGGAUAUAUCGGUUCAAGUACCUGUCUUUUUUUCACUCUCCACACUGUGUGGAUUUAUUGAAAACAUGUUUCGAUUUUUGUGUAAUUUUUCAUUCAUGUUUGAUUUUUAUCAGGGAUAUUUGGCAGGAUUGUUUAGAGCGUUGUGUUGUGUGUUGGUGGUUUGUGGUUUCUCUGCAUUAGUCAUUUCAUGGUCUCAUGCCAUUGAUGUAUCGAAUCAAUUGGGACAGGAAAAAUCGAAUUCUUUAUCGAUUGUGAACAAGACUGUUCUUUCCAUAUUUUAUGGAGCUGUCAUUGUGGUGAUUAUAACCUCUGGAAUUAUAUUUGCUGUUGUUUCUGAUUAUGGAUAUGCUUGGGCAGUCAUGGCCAUCUCAGUGUUGAUUUAUAUAUUAACUUUUGGGUUUGGAUUUUUCUUUUAUGGAUUAAGAAUUUAUUACCGAUUAAGGAAAGCCAAUAAUAAGGGUGGACUUUUCGAGUAUCGUUUCACAAAAUUUAUGUUGGGACUUGCUGUGGUGUUUUUCUACGGAUGGCUUUGCACCAUGUUGAGCAUGAUCACCUAUGCAUUUGGAUUUGACGUGUUGUCAUUAUUUUUUGGAUUAACGAGAAAUAUUUUUUUAGACACGAGUUUAAUCAUGGUGACCAUUGUUUCAUCGUACAUUACCUUCAAUAAGGAAGCAUAUGUGAGAAGUUAUGGAGAAAAGGCUUUUUAUGUGCUUUGUUUUUGGGAAUAUUUGACCAUCAAGAAAAAUUCACUCAAAGAAACGUCUUCCUCCUCAAUGAAUGCGACCCCAAUAGCAACGAAACCUUUCGAACUGAAUCGAGUUUCUUCGAGUUUCCAAAGGACAAGUAGCGCAAUUUCAAAGCAGGACUUCUCGCCAACUCCAAGUGAUGGUUCGACCUCUGCAUUUAUUAACACACAAUAA